UUUGAGAUGCGCCGCCUUCAGUUCACAUUCGGUCGACUUGUUGUGAAGAAAUUGUUCUUUGCGGGGCACAAAACUGCCAGACAGGAAUAUGGAUCUCACGUCUUUGCUCCACAAGGUCAGUGAGGAACUGGGCUCCGAUGAGGUCGCGGCGCUGAAAUUUCUCUGUAAAGAUGCGAUACAGCGGAAGAAACUAGAAACUGUGCGCGACGGUCGAAACCUCUUCCUACGAUUAGCAGAACAAGGGCUGCUGGACGAUGUCUCCGGUGUGGCAGAGCUCCUGCUCGCCAUCAAACGGUAUGACCUGCUCCGUCAACUGGGGACAUCUCGACAGGAAACAGAGCAUCGCCUCCAGAGGGAAGGUGCCUCCAUCAUCUCUGAUUACCGGAAGCUGCUGUAUGAAGUGUCUGAAGAUGUGACCACAGACAAUCUGGAAGCCGUUAAGUUCCUUUCAAAACUCCCUCGGACCAAACUGGAUUCCUGCAAGAGCUUCCUGGACGUGCUGGUGGAGAUGGAGAAAAUGGAGCUGUUGGCAGAGGGCAAACUUGAGGGACUGGUUGAGAUCCUGAAAAACUGUAACCCAGAGCUCGCCUCCAAGGUACAGCGGUGCGGAGGUGGCAGUGCAGAAGGAUACGGAGCAACAACUCCAGAGCAGCAAAGUCUAAGCGAUACCCAGCAACUGUCUGGUCCAGAGUUUAUUUCUCUCCAAACACCACUUUGUAGGAAUGGCGUGGAAUGGAGCCUUUGCUCAGACGCAGCACAUGAAAACACAUGCAGUAUGAACGAGAUGUAUUGCAUGAGGCGCCGGCCACGUGGACGUUGUCUUAUCAUCAACAACUACAGUUUCAAUAAGGCCAGGAUGAACAACCUGAGGAUGGGAGACCGCAAAGGAACAGAUGUUGAUGCUGAGGGCCUUAAUAAUGUCUUCACCUGGCUGCACUUUGAAGUGACCCAACGUAAAGAUUUGACAGGGGACGAACUGCUGGAGGUCUUGCAGAAGUUUGGGAAGAUGGACCACAGCCAGCUGGAUGCCUUUGUGUGCUGCAUACUUUCCCAUGGUGAAAAACGCUCCGUGAUGGGCACAGAUGGCAAGGUGGUCCCCAUCUGGAAGAUCACACAGCCCUUCAUCAGUAGACUCUGUCCCUCCCUGGCUGGGAAGCCAAAGCUGUUCUUCAUCCAGGCAUGCCAGGGACAGAAAAAACAGAUGGGAGCCCUCAUCCAAGCUGACGGGGAGGGAAAUGACUAUGAGAUGGAUGCCAGCCAUAUCCAGCCAGAUGUUAUCCCUGAUGAUUCUGAUUUCCUCCUGGGGAUGGCCACUGUGGAAGAUUACCAGUCAUUCCGUAACACCAGAGAGGGCUCCAUCUUCAUCCAAGAGCUCUGCCGACAGCUGAGGAAUGGCUGUCCUAGAAACGAGAACAUCCUAGACAUCUUGACCAGAGUGAAUCGGGAGGUUAGCAGCGGACUCUACAUGAAUUUCAAGCAAAUGCCAGAGCCCAGGUACACACUAACCAAGACACUGAUCCUACCUGUGAGCUAAGAAGUGGGGUCUCUUAAGAAAGCCCUACACCUUUCUUUGGCACCUAGGGUUGCUUUGCAGCACAGCUGCUCUAAGUGUCAGUGAAAAUAUGUGUACUCAUUUUUAUACUGUACCAGUUACUAAGAACCACUUUAUGUUUCGCAGUUUUGUGCAAUUUUGUGUCUGUUUCAAGAUAAACAGUAUGAAAUUAGAAUAUACUUGUUAGUUAAA